AUGUGCGCCUCUCGCCUGGCGGCACGGCUCGGCGUCCCCGCUGUGGUUCGAGUCGCACCAGCCACGCGCAGCCUCUCCACCUCGGCCGUGCACUCCAACGAAGACACCUUCCGCAGGGCAAACGCGCCUAUCGAGGAGGCGCGUUCGAUCGAGUUCAUCAACUAUCUGCUGGAACAGCCCGUCGAGACGAGUCACGAAGCGCUCGUGGAAGGGCUCACAGACGUUGAGAUCGCUUCGCUGCCCUUGGUGAUUACCAACAAGAUGUGGGGCCCAUUGCGAUCCCCAUUCACGCUGCCUCGACGCCUAGAGGUUGCCCAGUCUGAGGAGGGCGACCGGCCGCUGAAGAAUGCCGAGUUCGUCUACCGCACCUUCAAAGUCGAUACGAUUCUUCACUUGAAACGCCUCAACACCGAGAUCGCUGCACAAGUCGAGAUCGAAGGCAAGCACCGCUCCUUGAGCCCAGUCAUGCUGAUCGAUCCACAGUCGCGCACCCUCACCGUCGGCUUGCCUGCGUACGUUGGUAUUCAAGCGCCGUACCCCGCCAGGGACAACGCCGAGCAAGUCAUAGCCAAACUCAGAGAAUACCGCGCCGAAUCAACGUCGGCAGACAAGAAGAAGGAGAUUGCCAACGAGAUCCGUGCGCUCGUCGUGCCGCGAGGAUUCACCUUCCAUUACACCCGCUUCUCCAGAUACCUCAACUCGCUGUGGGAAUCCGUCAGGAGCCUCGAUCAGAACCAACUCUUCAACAAGGAGAUCCGUUUCGACGGUCGUGGCAAUGUCGUCGAUGCCUCCGCCACCGACGCAGCUCCCAAGCCGCCCGUCGUCCGCCGCUCUCGCAACCCGGACGCAGCGCCUCGCCAGAGAAGAGACAGAUCCCUGGCGGACAAGCUCAGAGCCGAUGAUCCAAAACUUCCCGAGGCGGGUACCUUUGUCGCCCAGGACGGAGAUGUGCACAAGCCCGAUGCCGACGAAGCACUGGAAGAGCAUGUGCCUUUCCCCAAGCCCACUCCCGAGGAGAUGGGCGUGAAGAAGCCCACAGAGCCCUCAUCCUAG